GGGGAUUCGGACAAUCUACGAGGCCUUUCAGAUAUUUACCUAACCGCCUUUAUAGCUGCAAAAGAUCCCACGUGCAAUCAAGUUGUUGAUUGUUCAAAAGAAAGUAACUUUGUUGAUGGUAAAGAAUUUAGAACCAUUGACGGGUCAUGUAACAACAAGAAACACUUCUCUUGGGGUUUCGCAGGGGCCCAGCAUAUAAGGCUACCUGAAAAUAACGCAUAUCAAGACGGUAAAUCUAAAAUUCGAUCAAAAAGCGUUAAAGGCGGGAAUUUACCUUCUGCUCGUAGAGUGAGUAACCUGUUCACAGUACACCAACACCGAAAGGGGACAACACUCAAGAUAUUUCCAUAGCUUUAUUUUACUUCAUGCAGUUCAUUGAUCACGACCUUGCCAAAACCCCAGAAGGACAUGUAAGGAAUAGGAAAGAGUGUUGCAAGAAGCCUGACAAGACUAGAAAAUAUUGUCUCCCGGUUACUUUUGAAGAUCCAGAUGAGAAGUUUUUCGCAAAAGAUUAUUGUGUUGAGGGUCGAAGGAGUUUCACAUUGUUUCAAUGUGACAAUAGUGAAGUGGAGAAUCAGAUUAACGAGAUUACGUCAUAUCUGGAUGCAAGUAUGGUUUACGGGUCCAGCCAAGAGGAAGAGCAUACCCUCCGGACAUUUAUUGGUGGACUUUUAGAGCAGAGUACCAAUGAAUUACUCCCAAACUCGUCACGUGGUUUCGAACUGCCGUGUAAUACUACCACAAAUGACCACCGCAAAGACAGCUGCUUCGAAGCAGGGGAUACACGAGCGAACGUGCACCCCGGGCUUCUGACAUACCAUACUUUGUACGGGAACAUAACCGUAUUGCAAAAGAGUUCCAGGCAAUUCAUGACUGGAGUGAUGAGAGGAUAUUUCAAGAGACCAGGAAAAUCAUCUCAGCAUUUAUACAACACAUUGUUUACGAGGAGAUGUUACCUGUACUUAUUGAUAAAGAUGUGCUCAGAGAGCAUAAAGUCAACACAGAAUAUAAGUAUGAUGAAAGUACAGACGCGUCCAUGACACAAGCGUUUUCCAUUUGUUACAG